GACCCUCAGCUUCUGGCCCAGUUCUACUAUGCUGAUGAUGAGCUUAACCAGGUGGCUGCUGAGCUUGACAGCCUCGACGGCAGGAAGGACCCUCAAAGAUGUACGCUUCUGGUCAACCAGUUCCGCUCAUGCCAGGACAGCGUGCUGAAUAUCAUCAAUCAGAUCAUGGAUGAAUGUAUUCCCUGCGACCGAGCCAACCGGGACUUCAGUGUCAAGUUCCCCGAGGAGAUUCGUCAUGACAACUUGGCGGGGCAGCUGUGGUUCGGUGCGGAGUGCUUAGCUGCGGGCUCUAUCAUCAUGAACAGGGAGAUUGAGAGUAUAGCGAUGAGACCCUUAGCAAAGGACCUGACUCGCAGCCUGGAGGAGGUACGCAACAUCACCCGAGACCAGGCCCUGCGAGACCUCAAUUUCUACACGGACCGCAUGAAGGACGCACUGCGACAUUUCGACAGCCUUUUUGCUGAGUUUGAACUCAGCUACGUGUCAGCCAUGGUGCCUGUCAAGUCUCCCAAAGAAUACUAUGUACAGCAGGAGGUGAUUGUGCUCUUCUGUGAAACAGUGGAAAGGGCGCUCAAACUGGGCUACCUCACACAAGACAUGAUUGAUGACUAUGAGCCUGCCUUGAUGUUUACAAUUCCCAGACUAGCCAUUGUAUGCGGGUUGGUCGUGUACUCAGAAGGACCUCUCGACCUUAACCGAAAAGCAGAGGACAUGUCCGAGCUCUUCCGUCCUUUUCGUACUUUACUAAAGAAAAUCAGAGACCUGCUGCAGACUCUGACAGAGGUAGAGUUACUGAUGCUGGAGAGGAAUCUCUGUAUCUCUCAGGAAGGAGAGUUACCGACAGGCCAGGAGCAGACGACAAGCAAUGCACCAGCACACAUUGAAGAGAAUCAACCCUCCCGCAGCUCCAGUAAUGUCACCUCCAAGACAGGCGGCGAUGAGGAGCAAAAGCAUCUGUCUCUGUUUGUUUGCCCCAGCCACGAGGAGGAUUUGGCUGAAGUGGAAAAAGGCUGGGAGGAGGUGGAAUCCGAAAAAGGGGAACAAACUGAAGACCUGCUGUGCGAGGAGGCAGAAGAGGCCGAACUCGCUUGUUCCAUGCAGUACGACGAGGAAGAACUGGAGCAGCUCAACAUGAUGGUGUACCGCGUAGGUGACGAGAUGUCCACUUUGCUGUCGCCUCCCAGCCAGGGUCAGUCCCCGGCACGUGUUCCCAACAGAGGGGACGUAGGGAGCGCCAGUGGGGCUUCUAGCACUGAGGCCUCCCCUCUCAGGGUACUGAGGGGAAGAGGAAGGUACGGUAUCUAUUUAGAGGAGGAAGACAGAGUCUUCUACAUGGAAGAUCUGGAACCAGCAGGAGACUGUGUUACCAGCAUCUCAAGAGAACGCCAGAACUGUGUUGCUUCGCCUUCCAAAACUCCAAAGUCUACUCACCUUUUGCAACGUAGCUCAGGUCUGCGGUCGGACACCAUCGGCAACGGUUGGCUUCCUGAAGGAUCCACGGAGCACCGCAGUAAGAACACGCGCUGUCUCAACGCAACGCGCCAGCCGUCAUGUUCAUCCGCUCCUGGCUCUGAACCGUUGCCUUACACCAACGGCUGGGAAUUGGGCUUGGAGGGCCCUGUAAAUGAAACGGCAGAAGUCAUCGCCCACCGUAUGGGUGGCAUGAAACUUUCCGCCACAGUCAUAUUCAACCCUCGAUCCCCCAGCUUGACUGAGCUGGCUGUGGAUAAGAUGCUGUUGCCUCGCCCCUCUGCCUCUGAGCUCGAACCGUGUGGCCCGUUGGUGGCCACUCACUGCUUGCUUAACUCUUGCGUAUGCUGCGGGAGCUGCGAAGAUGCCCACGAGGAUGAGAGUACGGGACUCGGGUUAGGCCUGACUCUAAGAACAGAUAAACCCUGUAAGACCGUGGCCCCCGGCGCCGUCAUCCAGUCCUCUGCUUGCCGGCUGCCCCCGCGAGGAAGGAGGGAACUUUGCCAGCUGUCUCAGGCCUCUUCCCGUUGCUUGAACCAGCCCCUGGAAGAGGAAGGGAGUUGCCAUCUGUGUGAGAAGUGCCUGACGGGUGAGCCGCAACCGGGGCAUCGCACUCAGGGCUGCGGAAACGACGUAGGGGAUGAGAAUUACCAGCAGAGGACUGAAACGAGGCAACAUGCAACUGGAGGCCCACUACGGGACAAAGACAGGCAAGGAAUUAAGGAAUCCAAGAGGGAUACCAAAGAGGAGAUCAGGAAGGCCUCCAGUCUUCACAACUCCCCCCUCAGCUCUGUGUCAGGUAGUGACUGUGAGAGUGUGUCGGUCACCACAUGUAGUCUUUCCAGCAGUGUUUACACUCCCAGCCCCGUCAGCAGCCUCACUCCCAGUUCAGGGACGUCAGAGGACCUGGACCACGAGGAGAUCCGACUAGCUUUGCAAGAUGCCAAGAUGGCUGCCCGAAAUAAGAUUCGCUCACGCUUCCACAGCAGCAGUGACCUCAUCCAUCGUCUCUUUGUUUGUAUAUCGGGUGUUGCCGAUCAGCUACAGACCAACUACGCCAGUGACCUUCGCAGCAUCCUCAAGACACUGUUUGAAGUUAUGGCAACCAAGUGUGAACAGGGAGACAACGAUAAGUUAAAGAAUGUUGGCCCCGUUCUCCGAAGUGCUGUACUAGAGGACUGCACUCUCUGUCAAGAGACCAUUUCAUCGUCUGAAUUGGCAGCCAAGGCCCGCGAGGGCCAUUUUGAAGAUCCUCCUGACUGGGUUCCUGAUGAAGUGUGCAGCUCCUGCAUUGCCUGCAAGGCUCCGUUCACUGUCAUCCGUCGGAAGCAUCACUGUAGGAGCUGUGGAAAGAUCUUCUGCUCUCGCUGCUCUUCCCACUCGGCGCCGUUGCCACGAUACGGCCAGAUGAAACCCGUUCGGGUGUGCACGCACUGCUACAUGUUUCACGUCACGCCUUUCUACAGUGACAAGGCCAACAUUUGA